AUGGCCUCCUGGCCUCUGCCCAGGCAGAAGCACGGAGGCGCCUCUCGGGCGCGGGUCAAGGCGAGCCGGGACUUGGAGGACGUGGCCAGAGCCAGGAGCAGCCCCGAUGGACCCCCUCAAAGGAUCCUCCGAGCCACCAGAAGGUCCCCGCCCCCGUCGCCGGAGCUGAAUCCCCUGUGCGUGACCAAGCCCGCCUCUCAGCACCAGGAGCGCCAGCUGUUGGAGGAGAGGUUCUGGGGUGACCAGGAGCCUCUGUCCAAGAUUCCAUUUAAAGUCUUAAAGGGGCACCAGAAUGUGGUGAGUUCCUGUCACUUCUGUGUAGAUGACACCAAGGUGCUCAGUGGCUCCUAUGACUGCUCCGUGAAGCUGUGGGAUGUCAAAGAGGGAACAGUGAUCAAGAAGUUCGAGCCCCAGCCCAGAAACCCGGUCUCAGAGUGCAGCGUCACAGCUGACUCCCGCAGGAUUUCUGCUGCUUCCUUUGACAAGAAAGUGAGGUCUUGGGACCUUGAGACAGGCCAGCAGCUGUGGUCUCAAGACCAUCAAGCCUUUAUAGUCUCUUGUAAACUUUCUCCGAAUGGGAAAUAUGUCGCUGUGGCCUUGGAUAUGAAUCACGGAAUCUGCAUAUUAAAUGCAAACUGUGGCACUAAACUGUUCUGUCUCAAAGAGAACUACCACCGCUUCAUCACAGCCUGCUGCUUUGAUCCGGACAGUCAGAAGGUAGCUACGGUCUCACUGGACAGGACUAUCAAGAUUUGGGAUCUUCUGUCUAAGACUACUGUGAUCACCAUCUCCAGGGCACAUAACAACGCAAUCUCAAAUUGCUGUUUCACCGCAAGCGGCCAUUUCCUGUGUACAAGCUCUUGGGAUAAAACCUUAAAAAUAUGGAAUGUCCAUACAGGGGAAUUUCGAAACCAUGGUGCCUGUGUGACUUUGAUGAAGGGCCAUGUAGGUUCUGUGAGUUCCUGCCACUUCACCAGAGACACCUCUUAUCUUGUGUCUGGAGGUUAUGACAAGAGUGUGGCUAUAUGGGAUGUAGGCGAAAGCUACCAGAAGCUCUCGUUGAAGGGUCAUAAUGACUGGGUGAUGGAUGUGGCCAUUAGCAAUGACAAGAAGUGGGUCCUGUCUGCUUCUAAGGAUAGGACCCUGAGAGUGUGGAAUGUUGAACAAAUCGACCAAGUUCCUAUGGUGAUCAAAAAUAGGAAGGCCCUUGGCUUACAGGUGAAACAGUGCAAAGAAUCUGGCCGGAUUUUCUCCACCUACGACAGCGACAGCCUUUCUCAAUCAGUGGCCGAAACUCGGGCCAGCUACGGUCCAGACUACCUGGCAGUGGAUUCCGUGCCCCGAGAGUGUUUCCACUCAAGUCCCCAGCCAGGGGGCGCCAUAGAGACCCGGACACAGAGACAACCAUCCCCCGCCCCAGCUUCUAGUUUAGAGAAUGACAUCAGCGACUCGAACGCUCAUAUGCGCAUGCGCCAGAAAAGGGCCGCCGUUUCGCCCCCCCCCGCGCGGAGCUGUGCGCACGCGCACUGGCGACGAAGCCACUAG